AUUUAUAUCUACCUUACUUCACGGAUGACUGUUUAACUUCCUUGUCGUAGAAAUACAAGAAAAUGGCUACGUCGUAUUAUGGCCAGGGAUGGACCCCUUCAAGAAGCAGUGAUUUAAAAAGUAGCGCUUAUAAAGAAGAGUACAACCAUGAAGCAGACACAUUACUUAUUCAGGCAAAACUUGCCAACGAAGCUGCAAAGGUUGUCGUCAAAGAACAGAAGAACAUUCAAAGGAAAAUGAAGAAGGAACACAGUAAGAAGCUUAAGAAGUGUAUCGAAAAAUAUAAUAACGCCAUAACAGAAAUUAAAGAUGCAUUUGCACGGAUCGGAAAGAUCGUAAAUAGCGAUAAAGAAGACUACGGAUCUACAGAUCAGAGUAGAGUCUUGGGCAAACGAAGACCAGUUUCUUUGAAGGAGAAAAAAGGGCAGAAAAGAUCAAGGGUAGAAGAAACAUUUACAGAUCACCGGUCAGAAUGUUUUAAAUGUUUAAAUAAAGAGAGACAAAUCGAACAACUUCAGGAGAACAUUAAUGAACUACAAAACAGUUUGGAAAAGUAUGUUAUUUCGAUCAAUAAGUAGGUUGAAAAAAUACGAAUGAU